AUGGUCUCAGACAGCAAGCCGAGUUCCCAUUCCAGCGGAACAAGCAACAAGGCUAACAUAUUCCCUGUACAUCAUGAGGCAUUGACAAGACUUCGCGAGGUCCUUCCCGAUAAGCUUUGGCCGGAGGUACGCCCAGCACUCUCAGAAGACGUAUCAUUCGGCAAAGCAGAGCUUCAACACGGGAGGGUACUGGUCGGCCACGUCAACCCAGAAAAGAGCCAGGGACAGGAUACUGCGGAAGAACGCGCCUUGUGGGCUCAUCUCUGGAAGAUUGAUUGCAGAGGAGGUGCUGUACUGAGCUUCUAUUACAAUACCCACGAGGAGCUCCGGAUCGGCGAGCCAAAGUUCCGCAAGGUCGAGUUCCAGAAAUGGUGUUGCAUGAUCGCUACAGACCAGUCACCUGUAGGCUCCUCUGGUGGCGAAUGGGAGAGGCGUCUCAAAACGGUCGUAAAGAUUGCUCUCCUUGGGAGUGGAUAUCUGGACCCAAAGGAUUAUACGUUUCCAGACCUAGCAACAGUCAUCAGUGUCAUCAACAAGCGCAAGCCUACCCACCAAGCCAGUUCUUCUUCGAUGCGCAACGCCAACGGCAAGCGACCGUCGGAGGGAGACUACCUAGACAGAUUCAUCGAACAGAUCAUGGAACCUGAGUCUGAGGACGAGUAUCUGGGUGGAGAUAACGAGGAAGAGGCGUCUCUGACAGAACCUAGCAGUACUGCGCACGCUCUUUCUGCAAAAAGGUCGGGUAUGAAACCGUCUCAUAUACAAGAACUACAAGAGGCAUUUCCGCCUACAGUCUGGCCACGUGUCGAGAACUGCAGUGAGGAUGUCGGCAAAAUGUAUCCUGGAAAAGUCUACCUUGGAUUUUUGCCAUCUGCAAAAUCACCGAGUGGCUCACCAAAGGAGGUGUGGGCGAGGGUCAAAGGGAAAGCGUCCGCCAAAGGGAAAGCAUCCGCCGAAAGGUCUGGACACAUUCUGUGCUACUGGAACGACGGCCGAAAGGCAAACUUGAGGGAUGAAGAUCUCGUUAGUAAGAUAGAUUUCGACAAGCCUUUUCGAUAUCUUGGAGAUCCUGAAGCACGCGAGAAGAAGAAAACCAUACGCGAUCCCUGGCGGGCUUCGGUAGCCGUUUGUGUACGGGCAGCACUCGUUCACGCGGGAAUGAUUGACGGAGACGAGCUCUCAAUCCAGACCAAAGCACCACGAGCCGCCGAGAUCAUUCGCCAAAACCGGAACAGACUUGACACCAGCACCGCAAGACCCGCUGACGUAGAAGCCUCGGACGAUAUCAAUGCUUCAUCCAGCAUUGAUGUUAUUUCCAGUUCUCCCAGCAUCCCGAUUGCAGACAUGAGGCCCAAAAAGCGUCGUAUGGCCUCUGAUCACGAAGCUGGUGAAGAUGCUGGAGAUUCAGUCUCGUUGGCUACGACACCAGCUCCGAGAGGAUUUUCGACCGUAAGCUCGAUAUCGCCGUCGAUACAGUUUCUUAGGAGGGCUCGUGAGACUGGGCCAGGAUCUCUAUCUUACGAGCUUGCCGCUUCGAAGAAGAGAUGUGCGACUCUCGAAGUUGACGCCGAGCGACAAAAGACAGAGAACGAACAGCUUCAAGAACUAUGCAAAGAGAAGACUGUUGGCGCCGUGACUCUGCGAAGUGAGCUAGCCGUCGCCCAUGAGAAGAUAGCAAAACUCGAGCGAGACGGCGCGGAGCUACAAGCGGAGAUGGGCAGUCUCAGAAAGUUGAGACAAGCGCAUGUCAAACAUGCGCAGCACAUUCUACUCGAAGUCAUGGCUUUCGACAUUGGUGACCAAGAUGGAACCGAUCCAGAAACGGCAAGCCGAGACGCUAAGAGCCAGUACGUCGAGACAUACGAGCAACUUACCCCCAUGGCGCCCACAAUUCAAGAGCCCACUAAAGAUGUACGCAUCAACAAAGCGGUACUCAAAGACCAGCAAAACAAGCACCCCGCCGUGCUCGCAAAGCUACGCAACGCCAUCCCAACCGACUGCUAUCCUACAGUGGAAGCAUCACAACAAGACAUAUACUAUGGACGUCCAUUCUACCCCGGUAAAGUCCUCCUCGGUACAAACGAUGGUACUCGCGUGUGGGGCUAUCUGCGCAGGAUAAUGAGUAAUCACAAGACGACGAUGGAAGUACACUACGAGGACAACCGCGGCGGCGACAAUACGGAUCAUACACCAUUUGCGCAGUCUCACUUCGUACCGUGGUGUCGCCUUAUUGCAGAUGACGCGUGUCCCCUUGGUACUGCAGCUUGGGAGGAGCGGUUAAAGAUAGUGAUCAAGAUCGUGAUGUUGGAGGCUGGCUACUCGGAAGCCACGGUCUCUGGUAUACCCGCCGAUCUACUUACAUCGAUACGGAAGAAUGUCGAGAAAGGUCUAAACAACGUGUCGCAAGCAGCCCGGGCUAGGCCAAGUAUACAAUCGUCGGCGGGCCUAACAGCAGCUCCUGUUGCAUCGGUUUCCGCCCCCAGGCACACUGUUGAGUGCAAGAACAGUAUCGUACUCAACAUGUCGAAGCCUCAACCGCAGAAGACUGCAGCGACACACUACAUCAAGGUACUGAAAGACCACAUCCCCACCGACCAUUGGUUUCAGACGCGUCCCAUGGCGGCCCAUGAAGAACGAGCAAUCACCUUGUUAGAGCCAGACAGCAAGGAACACUUCGCCCUAUUUCCUGGUAAAGUCCUCCUAGGUCAUCUCCGUGACGCCGAAAACACACCAGUAUGGGCAGCGUUCCGUCAUCCCAAACACACUGCCAAAAUACAGACACUAUCGGGACCGUGGCGCAUGUGCUUCUUCGAUGAUGACCUAUUCGAAGUCCAACUGCCCGAAAUACUAGACGGCGCCAUUGAAUUCGCGCCUGCGUUCCAGCUACUCACUGAGAGUAAAGACAACGUCGGUACACGCAAGAUCUGGUUUGCUAGAAUCAGCACGUGCGCACGUGUUGCGCUCAUCGACGCUGGACUCCAAGACGACGAGGGCUUUCAGACUCGAGUAGACGCACGGCCUAAAGAGCUGGCGGCAGUGAUCAAGAAGGCGUGGGCGCGACUACGACGGACACUCCAAGGAGGUGGACGGGAAGAGGCUUUGCCGACGCGAUACCGCCAGUAUGGGAAGAAUCGUACAGCGGACGCUUCUGCUGUAGACGCUAUAGCACAUGGCCAAACACAAGCGCCUUUAGACCUCCAGCCCAACAACGACGAAGGGCAAGCACAGUCGCCCCCGGAAGACCUCAUCCAAGACCUUAUCGAGCUAUCCGAAGACGAAGACGACAUCAUGGAAUCGGGCUACCAGCUCCGCGCAUCCAGUCCCUGGCCCACUUUCCCGAAGCGCGAGCUCUUCACCCCGACGCGCACCUCUUCCGCUAUCAACAAGAGACAAAAGAUCGCUCCGUCAAAUCGCACCUCUCUGCUCGACUUCAUAAACCUGACUACUGCCAUCGACACCCCGGAUACCGCUGCGCUCGAGGAACAGGUCCGUACGUUGACUGAAGCCAAGACAUCUCUGGAAAACACUGUUGGUGAUAUGAAAGCACAGCUUCACGACUACAAGAAGAAGAAUCAAGAGUUGCAGGUGUUCAAGGCCAAGCAUGUUGAGCACUGUCAAGCUGUGAUGCUUAAGUUGCUCACACAGAGGAAUGUGCGGAAUGGAAGUAGUGAGGUCGAUGCGGAGAGGGAUGCGAAGACGGAGUAUACUCAGGUCUACGGUAUUGCUAUUGUGGAGGAUAUUGGAGAGGACUGGGAAGAGUACUGUUGA